ACACUGCUCGUUGCGUACCUCCAGUAUCCCAUCAGCCUCAGUAGAAACAUUAUUGCUAAGACGUGUUGUGUCUGACCUGAGACGAAAGGAGGAAUUAUGUCGGAAAAGAAGCAAACCGUGGAUCUGGGAUUGUUAGAAGAGGACGAUGAGUUUGAGGAAUUUCCAGCUGAAGAUUGGACAGGGUUGGAUGAAGAUGAAGAUGCACACGUGUGGGAAGACAACUGGGAUGAUGACAAUGUAGAGGAUGACUUUUCAAAUCAGCUAAGAGCGGAACUAGAAAAACAUGGAUACAAGAUGGAGACGUCAUAGCUUUCUCUAGACCUUUGAGGAUUAAGUUCUAAAUGUGAAAAAGGGAUUUUGUGUUGGUGUGAAUUGUAUCCUGCUAUUACAGAAGAGCUGACGUUUACUGUAGAUAUUAAACAACAUCUAAUUUUUCAACUGUUGCUGUACUUAAUUAUUUUCUACAAAAAAAAAAACUUCAGUG